GUUCUCUUCUUUCACUCAUUCAUUACAUUUAGCUGUAUAUAAAUAUACACGAACAUACACAUAAAUAUAUUAUAUAUAUAUAUAUAUAUAUAUAUAUAUAUAUUUUUUAUGAAUUGUAUCUAUAUAACGUUGUCUGGUCGGCGUUAAUCUAAGAAUUAUUCUUGUAAGCCAGCUACCGUUUGAUGUGCGGACUUUGACCGAUCUUGAUCGGAGAGUUGUGACCGUCGAUGGGGCAUUGUUGCAGCAAGAGCGUUUCCGUCUCAGUCGACAAAGACGACAAUACUGCCGCCGCCGCCGCCGGAAAAUUCCGGCGACCAAAAUCACCGGUUCCGGCGGGACCUCCGCCCAGUGAUGGCGCCGUCGAGGUCCAGUCCAAUAACACGCCGGCGCACUACGCCGCCAGCCCAUGGCAGAGUCCUUAUCCCGCCGGAGUGGCGCCGUCGCCUUCCCCGGCGAGGACUCCAAGGAGAAAAUUCAAGUGGCCGUUCCCUCCGCCGUCUCCGGCAAAGCCGAUCAUGUCGGCGGUUAUGAGGCGGCAGGGGCCGCCGAAGCCGAUAGAGGGGCCGAUACUGGAAGACGAAGGUGAGAGGCCACUGGACAAGAGUUUUGGGUACCCGAAGAACUUUACGGCGAAGUAUGAAUUGGGGAAGGAGGUGGGUCGAGGGCAUUUUGGUCAUACGUGUUGGGCUAAGGGUAAGAAAGGAGAGCUCAAGAAUCAACCUGUGGCAGUGAAAAUCAUUUCCAAAGCUAAGAUGACAACGGCAAUAUCAAUUGAAGAUGUUCGUAGGGAGGUGAAGAUAUUAAAAUCCUUAACUGGACAUAAGAAUCUGGUCAAAUUUUAUGAUGCAUUUGAAGAUGCCCAUAACGUCUACAUAGUAAUGGAAUUGUGUGAAGGUGGAGAACUACUAGACAGAAUUUUAUCAAGAGGUGGAAGAUAUACAGAGGAGGAUGCUAAAACUAUUGUUGUUCAGAUAUUAAGUGUUGUUGCUUUUUGUCAUCUCCAAGGUGUCGUGCACCGUGAUCUAAAACCAGAGAAUUUUCUUUUUACCACAAGGGAUGAGAAUGCUCCUAUGAAGCUUAUAGACUUUGGUCUCUCUGAUUAUAUCAGACCAGAUCUGCGUCUCAACGACAUCGUUGGCAGUGCAUACUAUGUUGCACCUGAAGUACUUCAUAGAUCAUACAGUUUAGAGGCAGAUAUUUGGAGUAUUGGAGUGAUAACAUAUAUAUUGUUAUGUGGAAGCAGACCUUUCUGGGCACGAACAGAAUCUGGAAUUUUUCGAUCUGUGUUAAGGGCAGAUCCUAACUUUGAUGAUGCACCUUGGCCUGGAAUAUCAGCAGAAGCCAAAGAUUUUGUGAGAAGGCUUCUGAGCAAGGACCAUAGAAAAAGAAUGACUGCUGCCCAAGCACUAAGUCAUCCAUGGUUGCGACACGAAAACCGUGUUGUGCCUUUAGAUAUCCUGAUCUACAAAUUAGUCAAAUCAUAUAUUCGUGCCACACCUUUAAAGCAUGCAGCACUGAAGGCUCUCUCAAAAGCUUUAACGGUGGAUGAACUCAUUUAUCUCAGGGCUCAGUUUAGGCUCUUGGAACCAAAAGACGGGUGUGUCUCCCUUGACAAUUUUAGAAAGGUUCUCAUGAAAAAUGGAACUGAUGCCAUGAGGGAGUCUAGAGUUCCUGAUAUUUUGAAUGUGAUGGAACCGCUCUCUCAUAAAAGAAUGGAGUUCGAAGAGUUUUGUGCUGCUGCAAUCAGCGUUUAUCAGCUCGAGGCUCUUGAAGAAUGGGAGAAUAUUUCAACUAAAGCUUUCGAAUACUUUGAAACAGAAGGAAACCGAGCCAUUUCAGUUGAGGAAUUGGCACUGGAAUUGAAUCUGGGGGCAACAAGUCACUCUUUAAUCAAGGAUUGGAUCCGAAACUCUGAUGGAAAACUCAGUUUCCUUGGCUAUACCAAGUUUUUGCAUGGUGUGACUAUUCGUAGUUCUAAUACAAGACAUCAGUAAACAUGAACACGAAAUUCUCAAAAAGAAAUUUUACUUCGAUUUCUCCCUUUUCUCUCCUCUUUCUAAUUCUUUGAAAAAAGUUUAUCGUCAGAGUGUCUUCAAGAUCUGUUUAGCGGAAUUUAUUUGUAAAAAGUGAUGUGUAUAAGUAUAAACCAGAUGUUGAAAUUCUCGAGGCAUUGUUACUGUACAAUUUUCUGCAGUCUAAUACACUUGGAAUAA